GGCCAGAGAAACAUUUCGUCGUCAACAACUAACAAAUAAAACGCAUAUAUUUCCUCUUACCGGGAGUCUUGUCUCCUUGGAGUCAGCAGGUACCGACCGGCGUCUCCCUCGCUACGACUAAGACAAACAGAUGGCGACUCAUGCUUCUAAAUACUGUAAAUGGAUAAUCCUUGCUAAUCCUGUGUAAACGACUCCAGUAACUGUGAAACACCGCCGCUUUUGAGUCCUCCUGGAAUCGCAGCUGCCCGCCCCAGCCAGACUGACACAAGUCAUGUGCAUGAUUCCACGGCGAGGAAGGCAGCAGCAGUCUGCAGCUGUGUGAGGCGACUCCACGCCAGUAGAGGAGUGGGAGGGGCAGGAGUCAGAGCACCGCAUACAUUAACCGACAACCGGGAAGCAUCGCAGCGAGGCUCCAUCGAGACAACCACAUACACAACAGCGGAAAGAUGGUGGCGAUGCAAGCGUCCCCGAAUCUGUCUCCUUCGGAGUGGAUCUGCUGUCUGGACAAGAGGCCGUCGGAGCGCUCAGGAGAGGAUGUGGAUAUUAUUCUGACCAGACUGAAACAGGUUAAAGCCUUCCACAAGUUUCCACCUCCACUCUUGCUGCAGAUCUGCACCUGUGCCUUUUAUGAAUGUCUGGAGAAAGGCAUCACAUUGUUUCGACAGGGAGACAUCGGUACUAGCUGGUAUGCUGUUCUGUCUGGCUCUCUUGAUGUCAAAGUGUCUGAAACCGCCAACCAUCAGGAUGCAGUCACUAUCUGUACACUGGGGAUCGGGACAGCCUUUGGGGAGUCCAUCCUGGACAACACACCGCGUCACGCCACCAUUGUCAGCAGAGAGACCAGCGAACUGCUUCGCAUCGAACAGAGGGAGUUUAAGAGCCUCUGGGAGAAGCAUCGGCACAGCCUGGCUGGACUUUUGGCCCCCCCUUAUGGAGCGAUGGAGAGUGGAUCCAACAAUGACAGACUUGCAGACAAAGACAACAUGAACUCAGACUCUGCAAGCAAAACUCACAAUAAGAUUCCGUCAGAGAAGCUACAGAGAGCUGGGAAGGUUCUCCGCAACGCCAUCCUGUCCAGAGCCCCUCACAUGAUCCGAGACAGGAAGUAUCACCUCAAGACAUACAGACAAUGCUGUGUAGGCACAGAGCUAGUGGACUGGCUUGUGCUGCAGAGUGCAUGUGUUCUCACUCGCUCCCACGCUGUUGGCAUGUGGCAGGCAUUGCUAGAAGAUCAGGUGCUGAAUCACGUUGACCAGGAGCUGGGUUUUCAGGACAAGUACCUGUUCUACCGGUUUCUCGAUGAUGAAGAGGAGGACACACCGUUGCCUAGUGAGGAGGAGAAGCGGGAGAGUGAGGAGGAGCUGCCGGAGACCAUUCUUUUCCUUGCUCAGAUAGGCCCUGACGCACUGCUGCGCAUGAUCCUGAGGAAAUCGCCUGGUCAGAGGACAGGAGACGACCUCGAGAUUAUCUAUGACGAGCUGCUUCACAUCAAGGCCUUAUCUCACCUCUCCAACACUGUGAAGAGGGAACUGGCAAGCGUUGUCAUCUUUGAAUCGCACGCUAAAGCAGGAACCGUGUUGUUCAACCAAGGCGAAGAGGGCACAUCGUGGUACAUCAUUCAGAAGGGUUCAGUCAAUGUGGUUAUCUAUGGCAAGGGGGUGGUGUGUACGCUCCAUGAGGGUGAUGACUUUGGAAAGUUGGCCCUGGUUACAGAUUCACCUCGUGCUGCCUCCAUUGUCCUAAGAGAGGACAACUGUCACUUUCUUCGUGUAGACAAGGAGGAUUUCAACAGGAUACUCAGGGAUGUGGAGGCCAACACAGUGCGUUUGAAAGAGCACGAACAAGCUGUGCUGGUCUUAGAAAAGAGUCCUCGAACCUCCACAUUGGGUAGCAUCAAGUACACUGUGAUCUCAGGGGCUCCGGAGAAGAUUCUUGAGCACUUUUUGGAGACCAUGAGAAUGGACAUACAUCACAGUGAACCAGACCCAGCAGUGGACGACUUUGUCCUUAUGCACUGUGUCUUCAUGCCCAACAGCCAGCUGUGCCCCCUACUAAUGGCACACUACCAUGCGGCCUCCCCGCUCGGCUCUGAACAGGAAAGAUUGGAGCACACACUGAACUGUAAAAGGAGGGCUAUCAUUCUGGCCCUGCGAUGGGCUAAUACGCACACCUUCCUCCUGCAGGAGGAACCUGCUGCCAUUACUUUCCUUGAGGAGUUGUUUGGAAGUGUGUCAAAUGAUUCUCGGAUGCUCAGAGCAUUAAAAGACCUUGUUCCUGACCUGGAGAAAGUUGCCAAACUACAUUCAGAGGAAGCCAAGUCCAUAAAAAAGAAGACUUUAAUACGGCAGUUCAGCAAUGGGGAGGAGAGGCUGCAGAAGAAACAAGCCAUUAGGAAUCAAGAUGACAUCCUGUUGAAGGUAUACUGCAGUGACCACACAUACACCACCAUUCGAGUCACUGUGGCAGCGACAGGCAGAGAAGUGGUCAGCGCUGUGGCCGACAAACUAGGCUCCACUGACGAGCUGGUGCUGGUCCACCUCAGUUCUGCUGGUGAAAAACAAAUCCUGAAGCCGAAUGAUGUGUCAGUGUUUUCUACCUUGAGCAUCAACGGACGAUUAUUUGCCUGUGCACGCGAACAACUCAGCAGCCUGACUCCUCUUCCAGACCAGGAAGGACCCACUGCAGGUUCGAUGUCUACUUUUGAGCUGAUGAGUUCAAAGGACCUCGCUUAUCAAAUGACUAUGUUUGACUGGGAGCUUUUCAGCUGUGUGCACGAGCACGAGCUCCUCUAUCACACGUUUGGCCGCCAUAGCUUUAGAAGAACCACAGCCAACCUGGACCUGUUCCUGCGAAGGUUCAACCAGGUCCAGCUGUGGGUGGUCACCGAGGUGUGCCUCUGUGGACAGCUCAGUAAGAGAGUCCAGCUCCUCAAGAAGUUCAUCAAGAUUGCUGCACACUGUCGUGAGUUUAAGAACCUGAAUUCAUUCUUUGCCAUCAUCAUGGGCAUGAGUAACCCCGCUGUGAGCAGACUGAGUCAGACAUGGGAGAAACUGCCUACUAAGUUUAAGAAGUUCUACGCUGAGUUUGAGAGCAUGAUGGACCCAUCCAGGAACCAUAGAUCCUACCGACUUACUGUUACCAAGCUAGAACCACCAAUCAUACCAUUUAUGCCCCUCCUCCUCAAAGAUAUGACUUUUACACAUGAAGGCAACAAGACAUUCAUUGACAGCAUGGUCAAUUUUGAGAAAAUGCGUAUUAUAGCGAACACAAUUCGACAAGUGAGGCACUGUAGAAGCCAGCCUUUCAAUCCUGACAUCUGUCAACCCAACAAGAAUCAGGCGGAGGUCAGAGGCUACGUCAGAAAGCUCUGCGUGAUCGACAACCAGAGGGCGCUGACGCAGCUCUCCUACAGGCUGGAGCCCCGGCGAACAUGAGAUUUCACCACCGUCGCCUUCUCUGUGACUACACUCAAACCAGACGCGGCGUCGCCGCUGAUGGACGCUAAGUAGCAACACACAAUGAAAACUAUACUAAGAACUGUGCCAUUAUAGGCCUCUUCCUAUCGCUGUGUCUUAGCCCUCAGAUUGUUAUGUAUAGAACUUGAAUCAAUAUCCUGCAUGACUCGACUUCAUAGACUUGGUGUUCUAUACUGUGGCUUUCUAGCAGAGUCUCCUGCAGUGUUGCACUAUACAACAUGAGCUCUUUCAGAGUUCCCAUCUAUACUCUUUAACCCCAAUGCUCAGUAUUAAAAAUAGAAAUAUUACAGUCAUCCCUCGUUAUUGCGGUUAAUUGGAUCCGACCGUGAUGAGUGCAUUUCCGCACCAUAGGAUUCAUUAUUUAUUCACAAUAUAAACCAAGAGAUAAUAAAGUCUUAUUUAUUAGAAAACAAAUAUUCACAUAUUUGUUUUUUUACUUCCAGGACUUGCAGUGGUUCCAUUGUGGUCAAGUGGUUAGCAUCUAGGCCACACAGUCAGGCGAUUGGGAAGACCAGGGUUUGAUCUCCGUGCGUGGGGUUUCUCCGGGUACUCCGGUUUCCUCCCACAUUCCAAAAACAUGCUAGGUUAAUUGGUGACUCCAAAUUGUCCAUAGGUAUGAAUGUGAGUGGGAAUGGUUGUUUGUCCUGUGAUUGGCUGGCAACCAGUCCAGGGUGUACCCCGCCUCUCUGGGACAGCUGGGAUAGGCUCCAGCAUACCUGCCACCCUAGUGAGGAUAAGCGGCAGAUAAAAUGAAUGGAUGGACUUCUUGCAGUUGCUAAUCUAACAUUACUGACAUCUAGUUGCCAGUGUGAACUACAUACAGUAUCAACAUGUCUUUCAAUUUGUUUUCCGAAUGCCAUUUAAUGUAUUUGUAUUUUAGCUCAUUUAGUCAUUUUUAUGCUUGAAGAUUGUUAAUUUAGGCCAAAAAUAUAAAUCAUUUUUUUAAACAUGCAUACAGUAAUCCCUCGUUUAUCAAGGUUAUGCGUUUAGGACAGAUACCUCUAUAUUCAUAUUACUCAAUAUUUCAUUUGAUAAUCAGAGAAAAUGAGCCAUAUAAGACAUAAAUCAUUUCAAUAAAUGUUCUGAGGGUUUUGAGUUGAGUUUUAGCUGAAGUAUGGUCCCAACAGUUGCCCAUGUUACUAUUAUGGUUGUUAUUGUGCUUGUUGUGAGAUAAUUCAAAUUUACAACAAUCAUAGUAGACAGCUAUCAAGUCUGGUGCAUGUUACUAGUGACACCUAGUGGCCAGUAUAAGCAUCAGCGUCAUGUAUUCUCUGUAUCUGUUCAUCCAUCAAUUUUCUAUACCGCUUAUCCUCACUAGGGUUGCAGGCAUGCUGGAGCCUAUCCCAGCUGUCUUCAGGUAUAUUAGUUUAUUUAGUAUUUUUUAUGAUUGAAAAUGAUUGAUUUAGGCCAAGUGUACAUCAUUUUUUAUACUAAUAAUAGUUAACGUCAAAACAGAGGUCAUUUAUUCAUUAUUAUAUUUUGAAAAACUGCGAUGGCCGUGACAUAAUAUAUUUAGAAAAACCGUGAUUAAGUGAAUUUGAAUCAUUCCAGGGAAAUUUAUAGCGAGGGACGACUGUAUAUGAAACACAAUUAGCCUCUUUGCAUAUUAGGUGAGUAUGAGCGUCUGGUGAGAUGCUUGAAAACUCCACAACCAAGUAUUAGCUGGAGCCCUAAUGGUAUUCAAUAGUGAUUGGACUUCACAUUUCAUUCAACCCCUGAUUCUUGAUGGUGAUGUUGCUUGUUAGGAUCUGUUCUUCUUUGUUUGGCUCACUUAAGUUGAAAAAGAGGCUUAGAAUUUGCAGUCGUAUUGUGUCCGUCUGUGUUUUUUUUUUUUCGGUUUUGUUUUCUACUGUGGGUGGGUAGAUUUUGGGUGUGAUAGUGACAACUGUCAGUCAUUUUUUAUUUGACCUCAGGAGUUUUCGAUGUGGUGGUGUGUGUCGAGAACCUUAAGGCUUGCUUCUGUCACAAGCAGACGCUACAUGUGCUGUAUGUGUUGAUAAUAAAAAGAAAUAGCUUAUUUAACAGUCACAAUGAUGUAAUGACUGUUCUUACUCCGAAAGUGAUGGAGAAGGAGGUCAAUGUUGAGGUGGACUGUUUUAUUUUUUCACCUUUUCAUUUCUUUUGAGUUUGUAUAACAGGUAUAAUAGGUAUGCAAAGAUACCAUUGAAAGAUUUUCCAUACAUGCAAGACAAGUGAUAAUAAUUAUAAUAAAGGUAAUAAUUAUACAGUUAAUAAUAAUGUAUACUUAUAUAAUAAUUACAAUAAUGAUAAUUUUGAAUAGGCGGCACGGCGGUCAAGUGGUUAGCGCGCAGACCUCACAGCUAGGAGACCAGGGUUCAAUUCCACCCUCGGCCAUCUCUGUGUGGAGUUUGCAUGUUCUCCCCGUGCAUGCGUGGGUUUUCUCCGGGUACUCCGGUUUCUCACAUUCCAAAAACAUGCUAGGUUAAUUGGCCACUCCAAAUUGUCCAUAGGUAUGAAUGUGAGUGUGAAUGGUUGUUUGUCUAUAUGUGCCCUGUGAUUGGCUGGCGACCAGUCCAGGGUGUACCACGCCUCUUGCCCCAAGACAGCUGGGAUAGGCUCCAGCAUCCCCGCGACCCUCGUGAGCAAAAAGCGGUAGAAAAUGAAUGAAUGAAUAAUUUCUAAUAACAAAUAAGAAUUCUAAAGGUAAUUAAGGUAUUUUUAACUUACUUUUUUGUUUACUCAUGUUUUUUCCUACAGAAUUUACAUGACAUCACAUGCAAAUGAUAUGCAAAUUAGAUGAGGGCAUCAUAUAGGGAUUUCUCGGACAGCCAAUAACUACUUUUCUCACUGAAAAGUUGUCAACGCUGUAUAAUACAUGACAUUAGAUUAUGCUACCUUUCACACUGCAUGGAGACUAGCAGAGGAAAAAUGAAAAAACAGUGUGAAAUGGUGGCUGAAAGCCAGAGUCAUGCAGUGCGCUUGAACGCCUCAUCAUGUGAACAGCAGGAGUGUGGGGCGGGGGGUACCGGGCCCAAUGUUUUUAGGAGUAUGGGACUAUGAAAAGUUACACACACUGCUAAAGUGUAUGAAUAAUUUAUAACUUUUUGUCCAAAUUGCCAAAAAAUAAUGUAUGAAUAACAGUCUUUUGACACUUUCUUCAUUUAUUAACUAAAAGCACACAUUUAUGAAUAGUUUGGGGAUUAUUUGUAUAUUUUUGUUGCUCUCAUUGUAUUUGAAAUGUUCAUUUGUGCCCUUUGCCCACGGGAAUAUUCCCAGUACUGCUUUAAUGACAGCCAAGUCUCCUCUUGCUUGCUCUUGACCAUGACUGCUAACCCACUGAAAAGUCUUCACAGCUGAUCUCACCUGAUCUCUCAGUGAUGUCAAACGACUUUCCUGCCUGCUGAUGUCAGUGGGUCGUUGCUGCGUGGGUGAGUAACACACUUUUGCUGUGCUGUGUGGAUGCACACUUUGUGAGGCAGAGUCAAGUAUUAUUUGUGGCAUCCACCCUUGUUGCUAUCUGAUUUACUAGGUCUGUCACGUUAAGGGCUUGUAGUGUGUGUGUGUGUGUGUGUGUGCUCAGGCAGUGUGCAGAGAGCUUUAUAUAGCCACACUUAUCCAGGAAGGAGGAAUGCCCUGGAUGCCACUGACCAUAUUUGAACAGUGAGUCUGCUGCAGUGAGUGUACGCAGCAAAGCGUAACUGAGACACACUCACUCACCUCCUAGCAGUGUGUGUGUGUGUGUGUGUGUUGUAGUUCUACUGCUUCUCCACUAGUAGGCAAUGUAAUACCUUCCACUAAACUGCAAGGCCAUGCCUCCGACACACAGUAACCCCCCCAACACCACGCCACCCCCUCUUUUUCCAGCACUUUCUGGUUUCUUCUCAGUGACAAUCACCCCUGCUGACUUAACCACUGACUGAAAACCCGCUCUCAUCUUUACUCCUCAUCUUCUGCGUCCAAAGGUCACGGCACGGGUAGAGCGUGCACACUUUUGGGGGAGAGUGUGUACGCUGGAGUGUGUGUG